UGGCAGUGUGCGUGGCGGCGGUGUGCUGGGAGGUCACGCCACGCACCGCCACGCCGCAGUCCACGCCGUCAGUCACUUCAAGCAGGAUAGAGAGGACCAUAUUCUGAAACACUUCUGCGCCGCACCUCCUCUACUUCUACUUUCAAAAGGCUCUGAUUGAAGUUACGCUGCUGUUUUUAAUAGGGUUUUUACGGUUUUAGUGAGAAAAUUUAGUGAGAAAGAGAGCAAAGCGUUUCUGAAUUCGGGCACGCGUUUCACCAUCACGUCUCCAUUGCACUUCCCUAAACAAACCACUGAAAUUUGACAUAACAAGGCAUUGGCUAGUAACAUUUUCUGACACAACUGUACCUCCGAAAGUCCUUUAUGAAUUGAACUUUUGUGCUUCGAUAAAUGCAAAACCAGUGACUGACAGAUGAUGAGGCGUUAGUGAGUGGUAAUGAGGGUUUGUAUGUGCCAGUGAGUGACGGAGUGGUGGUGGUGGUGGUGGUGGUGAUGGCGUGGUGGCGUAUGGUGGUGGCGGUGGUGACUGCGUGUGAUGUUCUUCUGGGAGCCUCCGAGGAACCAGUCGUGGUGGUGGAGGGCGUGGUGGGGGGACGCGCCCAGCUGCCCUGCCACUUCAAGACCCGAAGACCAGGUGACGCUCCGAAACUGGUGCUGUGGUAUAAGGAAUCUGAGGACGGACACCUGAGACCGCUCUUUAGUCGAGAUCUGCGCGCGUCCCAGGUAGCCAAGCACCUUUCGCAGCCUGACGGGAGCCUGCAGGUAGAGAGAAGCAGCAGCACCCUCAUCUACCGCCGCCUCACCCCCCGCCACGCCGGUCUGUAUGAGUGUCAUAUCGACUUCUUCAACUCUCCCGUUCAUUCAAGUCGUGUGCAGUUGGUGGUGGUGGAGCCUGUUCGGAGUGUGGACAUCCUGGAGGAGGGAGGCCUUGAGGUGCGGAAUGGAGUGCUGGGGCCCUACCCUGCUGGACAUACCCUCAACGUGACUUGUGUUGCUCGCCAAGGUGUGCCGCAGCCCACUGUGCGGUGGUGGACGGGCGGGAUGGUGCUCAAGAGUUCCCGGGAGCUGGUGGAGGCGAAGGUAGAAAACAACUUGGUGGUGGAAAACAUCUCCCGCGCGUGGCACCUUAGGCGACUCACCUGCACCGCCAACAACUCCCGCCUGUACCGCCCCGCCGCCGCCACCGUCACCGUGCACAUGACCCUGCUGCCGGUGAGCGUGAAGAUGCGUGUGUCCGCUCCGCUGGUGGAGGGGCAAAGGGCAGUGCUGAGAUGUGAAGCUGCUGGCUCCAAUCCUUCCCCGCGCCUCUCCUGGACCCUGCAGCAGAUCGUAAUGAGGGAAAGCAAGAGCUGGGAAGAAGGGAACAAAACAUGCAGUGAGUUGAUCCUGAACGCAACUCGCCACCUGCAUCUGGCACGGGUCACCUGCAUCGCCACCAAUCUCGCUCUCAACGCCAGCCUUACCAACUUCACCACGCUCAUCGUGCACUACCCACCGUCGGUGCGGGCGUCCCUGGGCCAGCCCCUGCGUGCCAGCUCAUUGAAGGAAGGAGACAACGUGUACUUCACCUGUUCCGUGGCCGCCAAUCCCCCAGCAACAGCCAUCACAUGGUUCCACGAGGGGCGCCAGGUGGUGCAGAAUAGGAGUGCGGGUGUGGUGACCAGCCGUAGCUCGCUGGUGAUGCGCGGCGUGAGGCGGCACCAGGCGGGUCGGUACAGCUGCGAGGCGGCAAACAUGCUGGCCAGGGUGCGCAGCGCCACCGUCACCCUUACCAUCAAAUACAGACCCAAGUGCGUGGCAUCUGUCACCACUUAUUUCAUCUAUGAUAAGCCAGUCACCGUGAACUGUUCCGUGACAUCCCUCCCGUCGCCUGACUCUAUCUACUGGCAGUGGGAGGACAGGGAUGAGAUGACAAGUGUCGAGCCCCUGAGGCGUGGUGGAGGCGUGGCCACCUCCUUACUGACGGUGGCACCCUCCACCAACCACCGCCGGAAGCUGUAUUGCUGGGCCACCAAUCAGAUCGGUGACCAAAUAGUUCCCUGUAACUUUACUAUUCGAGAGGUGGGCGUGCCGGGCUGGUCCUGCCGCGUGGUGCACAUUAGCACCUCCUCCCUCACCCUGGUCUGCCUCACGCCGCCGCAGCUGGAGGACCACACCGCCACCCUCUACACCGCAGAGGUGUAUCUAGAGAACAAGACGCUGCUUGCCAAUGUCACCUCCACGAGUUCAACCUUCAACGUGAGUCACCUGCACGCGGGCACCAAUUAUAGGCUGAAGGUAUACGUGACUUACGGCCCCGUCACCUCCCCGCCCGUGCUGGUGAGCGCUUACACCUCAGAGACUCCUGCAAAGCGAGGUGGUGGCGGCGUGCAGAGCGGGCGGCUCGGCGGGGCAGUGGGGGGAAUGGUGGUGGCGGUAGCUGUGGCAUCGGCGGCCGUGUGUGCCAGGCUGUACAGGGGCCGGAGGAUUGCCAGGCGCGGGGGCAGCAAGACCCAUCACCUGGCGGCCACCACGGAGGACAGGCGGCCUAUGCUUCGCCCAGGGAGCGAGUGUCUGCCCGGCACUGCCCUGGAGGAGGAGGAGGAGGACGAGGAAGACACGCCAGACAGACAAGAUGACGAGGAAGCACCGAUGAUGGGCAAGAAGGAGGAAGAGGAAGAGGAGGAGGAUCAAGUGUUUAGGGUUGUGGUGGAUCCGCUGAGCUGCAGCGCCGGCCUGGUGCGGCAGAAGCAGGAGGCUGCGUCUGCUCUCCAUGAGACGAAGACUGAAGCUGCCGCCGCCAAGGAGGCCGAGGCCACGGGCGGGGAGCAGCUGCACAUUGGGGAGUGGAUGCAGCUGGUGCCUCAAGAAUGUGAAGACACGCUAGCUAGAAAACUGCAGCACGUGGCUGGUGAUAAGAACCACCGGCGACAACAGGGGCAGCAGCAGCAGCAGCUUGGCGAGUGGCUGCAGCACGUGCCUGGAGGCUGGGUGCUCGCCUCCUCCCUCCACGACCCUCGCCUUCACCUCUCCGCACAGAAGUCCUCUGGCUUGUGGAUACGCCUUCCUCCUCAGGAAAGUUACUGCAAGGAGUCCGGUUCACUCUCCCUCGAGAGCAAUGGAAAUGGUGACAACCCGGUGAAAGACCGCACACCUCAAGGGGCAGAGAAGUGCUCGACAGAAGCCUCGUAUGAUGAAGGUGGACUGGCGGAGAGCUAUGAGGACUGGAGGGUCAAAUUCUCCCCGAAUAUGAAACCAGAUAGCCUACCAAGGACUUUGAGGCCUCAAUCAAUACGCGGACGUGACUUUAGAAAUACCAGCUUAAGACAGCCGGCUUCUCGGCUACGUGACGGCAACUAUAACCAACCGCCCGGGGCUCCACACCACCCGGGCAGGCCGCCGGAAGACGCCUACAAUAACAACAGUAUCAACACAAGUAGCAAUGCACAACACAACACACUCUUUGACACAAACACCAACUUCAAUCGCAACAGUUUGUUCUUGCCAUCCAGCACGACCCGUGACGAUCUCCCGAACAAGAGGUGGAGUCUGCCACACCCACUACGAGCAGAGACCCGCCGGCCACCCCGACGCCAGGCACAUGAGCAGGAAGGAAGCCACCCGCCGGCCUUGCUACAUCGUCUCCAGCUGGCGGGACAGCCUCGGCCCCGUUCCAUGAUAGGCAGAGAGCAGCAGUCAGCAGAAGCGGUGAGCGAACACGAGCUUGCUGGACAGGAGCAGGCCGCGCAAGAAGUUCCUCGCUCCAUGCGGCGGCUCAGGUUUUCUGAGGAGACGAUUCUUUGAGACUUCCACCAGUAUGUGAGAUUAUUAAGAAGGGAACUGUGAACAUGUGUGAUACUUAAUCUCUUUUCAGUAGCACUAGAGGAAGCUUAAGUGCAGUUCAUGUUUGUAGCUUUUUUCAGCUUUUUUUUUUUUAAGCUCCCUUGAGUCAAACGUCAGCCUGCCUUCCUCGCUCAAGUUCCGUCCACACUUCGAGACACAUACCAGUAAGCUGCAUCCACAGGAAGUUGUCCUGCCGUUCCCUCCCUAAAGAGAGCGACCCCUUAGCAACAGCACAGAGGUCUGAAGUGAUGGUCGUUUAUGGUGUGUGUGUGUGUGUGUGUGUGUGUGUGUGUGUUACAGUUACACGGACACAGGAGGUGAAGCUGAAGGGCAUCACUUGCCUGAUCAUCUGCUUCCAAAUGCUGACUGACAUAACGUGUUAUCCGGAAACUCUCAUCCAGAAACUAGAUAAGCAAGAGUAAGGCAACGCCAGACAAUCAAUAAGUAUUUAGU